AUGACAGUUCUUUUACACAUCAUAAAGUGGUAAAACGUAAACAGUGGGACUUUUGCAGGCAUUUCUGUAGGUGCGAUAUUACCGUUUAAGAGGAAACUAUGGAUUACGAAAACGAAAAAGUGUUGAAACUUGUGUUUCCUGAUAAAUAUGAAGAUAUCCUGAACAACGACAAUGCGCCCGAAGUGAUGGACUACAUGUUCAAGCUCGGCUCCUACAAGGUGGACCAGCUGAAGAAGGAAAAGAUCCGAUUGCAGGACGAAAACAAGCAGAACGUCGAGCAAACCCAAGAGUUGGCAGUCAACAACUACAAAACGUUCAUUCAGACAGCGGAAUGUUCCCGGGAAAUCUACCGGAAGUUUGUCCAGACGGAGGAACGGGUAGACAGUUUGAGCAAAAAGUUGCCAAACUUCGCGGAAACUUGUCAGCGAUUUUUGGAUUCGUCCAGCAAUAUCAAUAGUGCCCGGCGGUUGAACUCGUUGACCUUGACGCGCAAUGCCGAGCUGUUGGAAAUUUUGGAGCUUCCGCAGUUGAUGGAGACUUGUAUUCGAGAGGGUAAAUACGAGGAGGCCUUGGAAUUGGCCGCCUAUGUUCAGCGAGUUGGUAGUAAGCAUGGAAACAUUCCGAUCAUCGCGAACAUUCGAUCCGCCGUGGAGGCCGCGUGGCAUACUAUGUUGGUGCAGCUGCUGUCCCAGUUGCGGACCGAUCUUCAGCUGCCGAAGUGUUUGCAGGUCGUUGGCUAUCUGCGGAGGAUGCAAGCUUUUACGACAGCCGAAUUAAAGCUGAAAUUUCUUCAAAUUAGAACUGCCUGGUUCAAGGAGUUGUUGGCGAAGAUCCCGCAAGAUGAUGCUCAUAUUCAUCUAACGAAAACUAUUGAGGCGACAAGAGUGCACCUGUUCAACAUUAUCACCCAAUAUCGUGCAAUCUUUCCGGAAGAUGAGGACACCGUUUCCGGAUUGUCCACCAUAUCGGCGGAUCACAAUGCAGCCGAUGGAAGCAAGAUAUUCCACAGCUGGCUACACGACCAAAUUGUGGACUUCAUCAACACACUGGAGAAGGAUCUCGCAUCGAAUGAUAUUAAUUCAUACGAUACCAUUCUUGGCCAGUGCAUGUACUUUGGACUGUCUUUCAGUAGAGUCGGUGUUGAUUUCCGAUCGCUUAUUGCUCCCGUGUUCAUCAAGGUUAUCUCGGAAAACUUCCAAACCACGGUGGUGAAAGUUACCCGUCAAUUUGAGCAGGAAAUCGAAAGGUACACCUUGAUCAACAAGGUCCCCACGGCGAUCAAGAGAUCCAAAUCGGUCGACAAAUCCGACACAGGAAAUCAUCCUCCCGAGACUCUGCUGGAUUUUACCCCCCUAGCCUUGUAUUGUAACGAGAUCCUAACAGUGUUCAACGAGCUUCGCUUGUGUGCUCCGAUUGCCCUUGCGCCCACAGUCACCGAAAUCCUCGAGGCGUCCUUGGAGAUCGUUUGCAAAAACAUCCUGUCCUUCUAUCGCCAGGAGCAGCAAGCUUUCACCGCCUCCGAGCGGGAAUGCUUCAUUCGUUUUUGCUCGUGCUUCGCGUACGAUCUGAUCCCCUAUCUGCAGCGGUGCAUACAUCUGAUCUUCCCGCCGGCGACCAUCGCCAACCAUCUGGGAAUCAACGUGCUCACGCUGCAGAAGCAUGGUAUCACCUACUUCCGGCAGCGGAAAAUCCUGGAACCGAUCGAGUACCUGCUGCCGGACAAGAUGGAAUCCGUUAUCAAACAGGUAGGUGAAAUCAACGUUGGCGGGUCGCAGCAACCGGCUUCGUCUACUCCAAUGCAGGCGAUUCCGGUUGCUCCAUCAGCUGAUGAAGGGCCGUCGGGCAGUGGCGAUAAGAUAGGCGAAACGUUGACGUCGUCGGCCGAAGAAAGCGCCGGUUCAAAUCAAGACAUUCCCGGGCAGUGAUAAGUUUUUGUGGGUUAAGGCGGGUGGAUUAUUGUUAUCUGAUAUCCAGGAUGGCGCGAUAAAUUUUGAUUAGUUAGGUCAGCUGGAUAAGAGACAAUGCACGUGCGAUUAUAAUGAUUUUGAGUAAAAAAGACAAUUUAUCUGAGGACAUUCAUUUCUAAAUUCGCUCACCUAUCAUAGAGCGUGUUGGCAGGUGUAAUAUUUAUUCGCGUUUAAUGAAAAUCAACAUAAUAAAUGAUAGUAAACACG